AAAAUGAUUCAGAUCAGUUUCCAAGUUGCCAGACGUUCAAAUGAACUGUAAUUUUUUCUGUCAGGUGGCAAGGUGUUUCAAAAGACAAUAAGUACAACCACAAACACACACGGACACACCAGUUUAUUUACAAACAACAAUGUGAAAGUAACUAAAUUCGAUUCUUUGUGGGCUUAUUAUGGCGCCUAAUUUCUAAAUUAUAGUAUAAAAUUAGUUUAUUGUGUUCAAUGGCGUAAUUAAGUCUUGCUGUCCUAAAGUACUCUUCGGAGAAUCAAAAAGAAAAGUGUCUCACGCAAUCCGCUGCCAUUAUUACUCAACAUAAAUUGCAUAUAAAUCGCACGCAUUGCAAUCUUUAAAACGGGUUUUGCCCAACUCGAUUUCUAUUUGUUGUGAAAUCAGCAGUGAAUAUGGAGUCGUUCUUAAGUUUGUUCGAUCCGAAUCAGCCGGAUGAUGGCUUCGAUGAGGAGCAAGAGUUGAAUGGCACCAGCAGCGGCAGCAGCGAGUUUGAAGUGGAUGCCAAUGCCAAUCGAAGCAAUAACAGCAACAACAUAAACAACAAUAACAACAACAACAACACUAAGAACAAUCUAAUCUUUGACUUUGAACAAGGCGCUCUUCCGCCAGAGCCGCAGCUGGGCAAUGUGGAGUACAAGCUUAAGUUGGUGAAUCCCUCAAAGCAGCGAUUCGAGCAUUUGGUGACGCAAAUGAAAUGGCGACUGCGUGAGGGACAUGGUGAAGCUAUCUACGAGAUUGGUGUCUCCGAUGCCGGUCAUCUGCAGGGUCUUAGCGACAAGGACAUGAAUGCUUCAUUGACCACACUCAAGCAAAUGGCACAUCACUUGGGAGCCAGCACUUCCGUGCUCCGGCGAAAGACCAUUGCCGUGCGGCGAUCCGUGGCCGAAGUGCUGGUCAGAAAGAUCCCAGAUGACCAGCACAACAUUGAGGUGCGCGUUGCGGUGCUGGGCGGUGCCGAUGCGGGCAAAUCCACAUUGCUGGGUGUGCUCACCCAAGACGAACUGGACAAUGGACACGGACGGGCGCGUCUCAACAUGUUUAGGCACAUGCACGAGAUUCAGUCGGGUCGCACCUCUUGCAUCUCGCAUGAAACUCUAGGAUUCGAUGCAUUGGGCAAUGUGGUCAACUACAAAUACAAUGAAAUGAUGACAGCCGAGGAGAUCAGCGAUAGAUCAACCAAGCUUGUUACCUUCAUGGAUUUGGCAGGUCAUCGUCGCUAUAUGAGGACCACAGUCCAGGCGCUCAGUGGUUACUCGCCGCAUUAUGCAAUGCUUGUGGUGUCUGCUGGCAGCGGUUGCAACGACACAACCGAGGAGCAUCUGGCCAUUGUGCGGGCACUUGAUAUGCCCUUCUUUAUAUUGAUAACCAAAACCGAUAUUACAUCGCCGGAUGCGACAGUGCAGGAGUUGCGCACACUGCUCACAAAUAUUGGAUGCCGCAAGGUGCCAUUUGUGGUCACCAAUACGGAUGAGGCCAUUUCAGCUGGCUCCAAUCAGGUCUCGGAGAACAUUGUACCCAUAUUUUGUGUCUCAAAUGUGACGGGCACGGGUCUGAAUCUAGUCACCAAGUUUCUUUAUGUCCUCUCGCCGGGCAUAAGCAAUGCUGAAAAGGAUCGCCUCGAAUUGGAGCCUUGCGAAUUUCAAAUUGAUGAAAUCUUUCGAGUUACCGAUGUCGGCCCAGUUGUGGGCGGCCUAUUGGUACAGGGUGUGCUCACUGAGAACAUGCCCAUGAAAAUUGGACCAUUGCCCGAUGGCAGCUUCCAUGCUGUCACCGUGCACACCAUACAUCGCAAUAAGGCUCCGUGCCGAGUGGUGCGAGCUGGCCAAAGCGCCUCCUUAUCAUUUACUCCAGCCCAGGAGCUGCCAUCGCUGCGAAGUGGCAUGGUGCUAUUAAGUGACUCUGGUAACAUUGACGAGCCCUACGGCACAUACUUCUUUCAGGCCAAGGUAUCUGUACUGUUCCAUGCCACAGCCAUAUAUGUUGGCUUUCAGACCACAGUGCAUAUUGGCAGUAUACGGCAGACGGCAGUUAUACGUGGAAUUAUGGGUGGCGAAAAGCUGGGCACCAAUGACUCCGCCUCGGUCAUGUUUGAGUUCGUUGGACACCCGGAAUAUGUGAGGCCCGGAAUGCGCAUCUUGUUCCGCGAGGGCAUGUCCAGCAAGGGCAUAGGCGUGGUCACCCAGGUAUUCCCUGUGAACAAGACACGAGCGAAGUAGAUACCAAUCGGAAUUUAUAAAGAAGCUACGCAUAAACAAGAUCACCGUUAGAGUACCUAGCAUUUCUUGUUCUUCUGCAUUGGCGAUUAUCGAUGGACAAUUGAUAAGGUUACAGCUUAAUACUUAUUAUAGAUUAUCAAUACACAUAUAUCUCAAUUUGGAUAGCAACCAAGUAUAUAGCAAUGUACAUAAUACUUACAACUAGAGUUUAGUGACUUUAAUUAGCAUAUACUUAAUAAGUAUAUGCGCUGAAUUUGUAGCAGAUCUUCUUUACUUUUAGUUUGAGUUCUGUGAUUUUUCGUUUAAGCUCAACUCCAGUAUAUUUACAUAAAUAUAAAGAUACAUAUAUAUAAAUAUAUAUAUAAUAACAGUUACAGGAAACUGAAUCUGUAGAUUACACAAUUUCAAAUUGAAUAACAUGUAUGAAUUUUGAUUUUGCCCGCGCAUACUUAUUAAUAAAUCAACUAGACGAUAAAAACAUAAUAAAAUCCAAAUGGAAUUUGCUCAACAAU